CACCCAGUUGUUAAUCUGCCCCAGACUGUUACGGUUACGAAAUGUAUCUACGCGCGCGUUUGGCUCUGCUGAGCCUGCUCGUCCUCAUGGUUUCUGGCCAGAAGAGUAAGGCCCGCAAGGAACGGCCCCAGGGCAGGACCUUGGGUCUAUUGACGCCCCUCUUACUGGGUGGUGGCGGGCCGCUCUUCGAUGUUCCCCUGCCAGCAGGACCACCCAUCCGACCAGGUGGUGGUUCAUCUGCUGCUGCCGGAGGCGGCACACAAUCGGACUCCUACUACGGCGGCGGUUAUCCAGGCUACGGCUACAGACCCAACUACGGAUACGGAUAUCCCAAUUAUGGCACUAAUUAUUUCUACGGAUACCCGGGCUUUGGCUAUGGCUAUGGCCAGAACAACUAUAGGCCCAGCUACAACAACUAUGCUGGUUACCAGCGACCGCAGCCGUCUUAUGGAUACCGACCCACCUACAGCUCCAUUGGAACUGGCGCAUCCGGCGGCUAUCCCUCGUACAGCGGCUCGGCUGGCAUCUCCAGCGCUCCCAUAACCUCGGGAGCAGGAGCAGUAUCUGGAGGUGGCAGCCCACAGCUGUCCACCGCUCAGCAAGCCCAGUUGGCCGGUAUUUUGGGUCAGGCGCUUGGCAAUAGUCUGCGCCCACUGCUCGCCAAUGGGGGCGGGGCAGCUGGAGCGACGGGAGCGACAGGAGCGGCGGUGAAUCCACAAGCCCUCAGCGGUCUACUCAGUCUUCUGGGCUAG